AGAAUUCUUCCCGAGAGGCGCAAAAAUACGCACCGCUCCGAGAAUUGCCGAGUCGCAAAAUAAUACGUAGAAACCAAAAUAAACGCAUUUUACAGAAUUUGGAGAUUUUAUACUUGGAUUUAGGUGACCCAGUUAUUCCGAAAAGGACAGUUUAAUAUUAAUUAACCUGAUAAGUGUUGACAGAUAAAGGAAAAUGAGUAAAAAGAUCUUUCUGUCGCAGUGCAAGUCCGAUGCAGCUGCAGCUUUGGCUGCAUGUAGCCCACCUUCUCGUCCUAGCAGAAGCAGCACACCUACAGCACCCAUCUCGGACAAUGAGCUAGUUGCCAUGACGGUCAAAGAGCUGAAUAAAUUACUUAAAGGCUUAAAUAAAGAUGAGAUUAUCAAGUUGAAGCAGAGACGUAGAACGUUAAAAAAUCGUGGAUAUGCUGCAAAUUGUAGAGAAAAGAGGAUGACACAGAAAGAAAUUCUUGAAGGUGAAAAAGAUGGUUUGAGAGCGGAGGUUGAACGUUUACAGCGUGAAAAUGAUGUGGUUAAACUGGAAUUAAAUUCACUGAAAAACAAAUAUGAUGCUUUACAGAGAUUUGCAGAGGUGAAUAGGAUCCGUGUUUUAUCACCACCCAUUAUGUACUCAACUGGUUUCCCACAUAUCGUCAAAGCGGAACCAAGUCUUGGGUAACCCAAGUUGAACAUUCCUUAUCAUUCACCUGUACAUAACAUUUCUGUUUCAUUAAUUUAUUACAAGUGUUAAUAUCAACACGAACUUGACAAUUUCCAGAUUGAAGAUUGCUGGUUGCUCAUUUGCCUUACAAGGUUUAAAAUGUGUUCAGAUUUUUUGUAAUUUUGUAUUGUAUGUAAAUUGUAAGGGUCAUUGACUAAAGGAGUUGUGUAAUGCUGUUACAUAAACUUGGACAAAGUCUUACAAGAAACUGAUCAUUCAACUUUUGCAUGAUAGUUGACUUUCGGCAAAUAUUUAUAAAUCAUCAGGUGACUAUGUCACAUGAAGCCCUAGAUACUCCCACUUACUACAUGUAGUAAACAAAUGUUUAUUUUUAGUUAUGUUAAUGCAGCAGCGCUAAAUUGAUUACAAGUGAAGAAGUUCAUUGACAAGGAAAUGAAAAACAAACAAAAUAUUAGUCAUUUGAAAAUUAAAACACAAAUCAUGCACUGGUACUUAAAAACAUUUCAUGAUUUUCCAACUUUUAUAUUUACAAGAUUUGCUGUAGUAAUAAAGGAGAUAUUAAGGUUAAUGAUCAGUUUCUGUAUUUUGACUGAUUUUUAUGGUGCUGUAGUAUUAGUGGCAAGUAAUUUUUGCACAAAUUGCACAUGUCUGGUCAUAUGGAAAAUGUUUUAUUUAUUUAUGAUGUUUCAAAGGUUGUGACUUGUUAUAGGUGCAACUAUUUACCUAUGAAUGAAGAAGAUAGGGAUAUUUUUAGAACAGAUGCACACAUUUGAGGUGGAAAUUUUAAGUAUGACUAACUGUUCAAAAGAAAAUUAUUUUAUCCUUUGAGCAUUUUUUUAAAAUGACUUCUUGAGAUCAGUAGGAAGUUGCGCAAUAUUUUUUAUUACUGAAGUGGGAUAACAUUCAUUUUGAUGUGUGCGGAAGUUCUAAUUAGUUAUCCAUAUGAUGACUUCCAUUCCUAGGUUGCCUUGCAAUAGUUUUUUUUUAUUACACCUGGGCAUUUUAUUUCAUUCCUUACAGUUCAAAAUCUUUAUGAGAAGCCUUGUGGGAAAAUAUCUUUGUAUGUACAUGUAAAACCUGUUUUACCUGAAAACUACUUUCAAAUUUAUAAUUGUUAAAAACAAAAUUGUUCUUGCCAAACCUAUAUUUCUUACAAAUUUUUGUGGUUACAGAAAAGUUUUAAAAGGCAGUAGGUUUGGACAACAAGAAAGAGUAAUAAGAAAUUGAGGAAAAGGUUACAUUCCAAUGACCCAACAAUUAUGUGAUUGAUUUUAUGUGUUGAUGUAUUGAAUUAUCAGUGAUUGCUCUGGGGUACCAUGUCAAAUUAUCCUAGUUCAGUUAUUUAAUUUUAAAUUUAAUUUAUUUCAAUUAACAAAUAUUGAAAUUGUAUGAGGUAACCAGAGCAGUCUGAUAGAAUUUAUGACAAAGUUAUCAGAUGUGGUUUAUGAAAGAUCAGAAUCUAACUCCCAGAUAUUCAUGGGAUUGUGUAAGAUAUUGACCAUGUAAUUGUAUAUGAACUUGAUAAACUUUUAUAAGGUGUGCUGCCUCAAAACUCAUAGGAGAAAGAUCAUUAUGUGAGAGUACAGUGCAAAUAUAUUUUUAGACUUUUUAGUCCGCUUACAGUACAAUGAUCAAUUUGUAAGUGCAGUCAUUUAAAAAAAAAAAACAAUUUCAUGCCAAGACAUUGUUACACAGUGUUUAAAUUUAGGACAUUUGUCAACGUUUAGUUAGAAAAUCCUGACCAACAAGGAAGGAGAAAACGAAAAUGGACUUCCUGAAUUAGUUAUUUUUGUGACAUAGUCAUUGUAGUAAACAAACAAAUAUUACGUCAAUACCACCACUCUGAGCUUUAUUUUUUGUACAAUAUAAAUCACAAUGCCGUCCAAUAAGUAGUUGUAUAUAUAUUUAGACGUUGUAUUACUGUAUGAAUUUCUGUAUUGUUUGAUUGACAAGUUAUAACUAAGACAGGUGCUUUUUACGUCUUUUUCAGAUCUUCCCAAUACACUUCAGAACUUAAUAAGAUGGGAUCAUACAAAUAAUGCAGUUUGAAAAUUUAAUUGAUAUUGAUUUAUGUAAAACAAAAUUUAAGUACAAAGCCAAUUUAAAAAGGUAUAUUAAAAUAAAAAAAAAAUUGUUUGAACUUUCAGGCUUCAAUUAUACCUUCAAAAGUUUUCGUUUAAUUAGUUAAAUUUAUCACAUUUGAAGGAGUACAAAAAACAGAGCUUAAAUAAGUACAUGAUCUCAUUUUAUGACGUGUUUUGGGUGGAUCAUAGUUUGUGGUUAUUAAAACUACUUCACACUAGGAUACCACUAUUGAUGACAUUUUUACCUUUAAAUUGCUUUAACAUGCUUUAUCAAGUAUUGUUAAAAUAUACCCAACCUAUAUACUUAAGAAAAAUCACUGAAGCCUGUCAAACCAGGAGAAUUUCCUGUUGACAUAUUUUUUGUCAGCUCAGCAAAAAUUUUAUUGCUUAUAGUGCAACAUUAGGAUUUAUAACAAAGUGUGAAUUCAGCACUUUGUGAUUUAUUUCUAAUUUAUAUGUUCAAAUACAUAUUCUUUUUAGAUCAGAAACAUAAAUAUUAUCAGACUAGUUAAAAUGUUCUGUUGCAAUUGAUUAAAAUUUGUAAGGUUGAGUAAUUGUGGUAUGAUAGAUCAGUUGUUGCCACAUCUCACUAUUGUCAAAGUAACAUACUGCACAACCUGUUACCAGUACGUGGCUGGUCAUAUUUAGUUAAUGAAAAAAGUAUAAUGUAACAAAUGUUUUAAUGUUUUACAAAAAAUACAUUUAUAUGAAUUUUUUUGAAAAAGAAACUUGAAAUCUUGCAAAGACACUAAGUAACAAAAAGUUAUGUAAUAUUAAAAGUAACAAAAGUAGGCUUUGGGUCAUGCACAUUUCAGAAUUGAUUUUAGGUACGAAAAUGAAAAGUAUGUAUGGGCUUAAUUGGAGUGAAGGAAAAAAGAUGAACAAUCCCUGGUCAAGAGAAAAAUAUUGUUUCUCAUUGGUAUUUAAUAUAUCAAACCUUCAAUAUUGGUAUUUUUAACUUGUUCAUUGAAGGUAACUUAUUAAGGCAUAUGAAAUAGAUUACAGGUAAAUAAAUCAAUAGUGACCUGUUUACCUAGACAGGUAUACAAAACGCUACCUUUUGAUCCAUUUCCUGGUGUUGUGAAACAUGUUAUAUAUUUAUGCAGACUAAACAAGUUUUUAUAAGCCACAGUAGCUUUCUUAAACAGUCAAAAUACAAAUAUGCACAUGAAAAAAUCUCUCCUAUGCUGAUCAAAUAUAAAAAAAUGAUGAAUAGAUCAUUUUUCCUACUUUUAGAGGUUCAAAUAGGCAAUAUUUUUUUCAAGUACAUGUUACAUUAAACCAUUUUCCAAAUGCUGCUGUUUUAAAAAUAAAAUAAGAAAAAGGACAGUUUAACAUUUUUUUGAAUACUGCUUUCAAAUUUUAAUCAAAAGACCCAUAUUGAAAAUAUGAAGAACAAAAAGUACCUCAAAACUAAGAUAUGUACUUACAACAUGUAUGACAUGUAUGGAUGUGAAAUAUGUUUAUAUAAAACUAUGCCGUCAAGAAAAGAUUAAGGUACCACCCUGAAUUUUACAGAAUAAUAAAAGUGCUAGAAUGUUUCUCAAAGGUGAAAAUUCAAAGUUCAUUUAUAGAUUCAUGAUUUGAAUGCCACAUAUUUCUAUUUGAUGUGGUUUUAUAUGCUACAAAACUUAUUUCUAAUGAAUGUACUAUGCAGUGAUGUAGAAAUCCAAUUAAAGUGUUAAGUGGCCUCAAAAUUAUAAGUAGACCAGAUGGUAGCUUUACAAACAACCAGUACAUAUGCACUGAGUUAAAGAUAAUCCAAUUGAGUUGAUAUAUCACUGCUUAGAUGAUUGAACUUGUGGUCAUGACAGAUUGUGUUCAGUUGAGAUGGUUCUUUUUGCAUUUAAUUUGCAGAGGGGAUUGAGGUUUAUAUGGACGGGAUGCAAUAUUGUUGUUUAUUAUUUAUAUUUAUGAAUGUAUUGUAAGUGUUUAUGAGUUCAUGGGGCAGCUAAUGGAUCUUUUGUUUUGUAUAUUAAAUCUUUAAUUCAUUGUACUUUCCAUUUUUUUAUUUCAAAGAAUAAACGGGUAUUGAAGACCUUUAAUGAAAAUGUCAACAAUGCUUAUCUACCUUGGUAUUACAAGCAAGUCCUUACUUGAGUGCAUUCUUGGUAAUAUUUUCAAGGUACCGUAGGUCAACAAUAUCCUAUUUAAAGGAUAUUAAACUAAUCGUGUAAUGUUAUUUUCAUUUUAAGGUAUAAACCUUGACAUUUACCAAUAAGUUCUGAAAGGCAAAUUAAUAAAAAGAUUUUCAGACAUCUUUCAAGUUCAACUGAGGCAAAUUUUUUGUGUGUUAUAUAUUUGCGGGAAUUGAAAAAAAUAUUUACAUACAUAUUUGUUUAUAAAGUAUAUCUUUAAAAAUUUCCUUUCAAAGCUUUGUGAAACAGAAUGAUAAAGAAUUUUUCAUGUAACUUUAGGAAGGGAAAAGAUAACAUUGUGUGUGAUAUAGAUGGUUUAUUCUUUGAAAUAUAUUGUACAAAUGUUCAGUCAUACUACACAUGUACUAUAUAACUUGAUGUAAAUUUAUGCAUUGAAUCAUUUGGAUAUUGUAGUGCUAUCUCUUUGAUCUUCUGAGUGCUGUGAUUAAGUAACAUUUCCAUGUAUGUUUUACUUAUGUUUUUUUCUUGUACUUGUUUUUAAUUACAAAAUAAUUUGAAAAUGAUUGAUGGAUGUAUGUUUCAGAGUAAAUUAUUCAAUGCUACAUGUAAUGGAAAAAAAAAUCAUGUAAAUACAUGUAUGUAAUACAGGUUGAAAUAAUAGACAAAUUAAUGUUGAUUUCUAAAUUUUUGUGCAAAAAUUGAUUUGAAAUAAUGUAUUUGAAACACUGUUUUUUUUUAUUUGCCAAAAUUUGUGUGAAAUUUCGAUCACAUUGUGUUUAUAUUUUACAUGCAAAUUCAGUUAUUGAAUGAAUAUGUACAUCAAAUUGCAUUUAAUAAAAACAAAAUUUCUCAAA